GCAAAUAUAUAUUAUAUACAUAUAACGAAUUAAUAUAUGUAUACAUAUAUAUAGCGAAUAAUCAAAAAAGUUUUAUUUGAUUGAUUAGAAAUAUUUAAAGUUUGCAAUUUUACAAUGAGUUGCUCAAUACAAAUUUAAUAAAAUGUACAUAUUAAUACAGAUUGGUAUGACAUUGAUAAGUAGUUUGAAGCAUUGAAUCGAAAAGAUUGGCUCGAUUGUAACGGAUAUAUAUCAUAUUAUUAUUGACCAUAUGUUACAUGUGAUAUACAACAAAUAACAUACACACACACACACACACUAAAAAAGAAGAGCGAGUAAAGUAUAGUAUACAAAGAUUUCCAAUAAAAAUUAUGCUAGAUGACAGUAUAGAAUGAAAACAAAUCUAGAGACCCCCUUAAGGGUGUCUAAACAAAUCAUUAAUGCCUUUUUAUGAUUAUUAGACUUAACUGGCAUUUAUGUAAUCGUUCCGUCUUAUACUUGACAUUUAUACCAUUGAAUACGAAUUGUGUACUGCGUUAUCAAAGAUCAAUAAAGUCCUUCUAGUGCGCUCCAAGUUCUAAGAUUGAGCCGUCUCAUUAGUAUUACUUGUAGUUUUCUUGAAUCUGGAGCUUGCAGCGAAGGACACUUGAUAGAAAUAUGAAAACUACAAAUAUACUGUUUAUAGCUUUAAUUGGAAUAUCAUUUCUACUAGUUCGAACACGGGCGGAUAUUAAACGAGUUUGUCGCCGACAAACAAGUGUUUCUUGGGCAUCCUUGAAGCAGUUCGUGAAGGCUGGUAACAUUGAACAAAAUGAUAUGAAAUUAAAGUGUUAUUUGAGAUGCUUCAUGGUGAAAAGCGGUAUUCUUAAUGAAGAUAACAAUGUAGAUCUCGAAAAAGCCUUGCGUCAUCUUCCGCGUAGCAUGCAAGAGACAUCAAAAAAUAUUCUGAACCAAUGCAAGUCGAUUCCAGCGGAGAACGCUUGCGAUAAAGCUUACCAAAUAGCUGUGUGUUACGUUAAAGAGCAACCAGAAAUUUUGAAGAAUCCAGCGUUCAUUUAAAAAUUAUUUCUUCGUGUCGAAAUAUAUGAGAUGCUGCGUGUCGUAGGAAGCAGAAACUCGAGUAGCAGUGUAUGAGGCAACUGCGUAGAAAUACUAUUUUAUUGAAAAAUGUAUGAUAAAUGUGGAAGAUUACCAGAGAUUAUAAUUAAAAAUCAAGUAUAGAAUAAAAUUUGUUUAAAAACAUA